AUGGCAACCUCAUCACUCUUUCUGAGAUGCCUUACCAUCUUCACUUUCAUCACUAAGAUUACUGCACUCACAGGAUACCAACUCGAGGAGAAUUAUAGCGGGAAUAGUUUCUUUGAUGCGUUCAAUUUCUUUCCGUCGCCGGAUCCUACGCAUGGUUUCGUCACGUAUGUGAGCGAGAGUGCGGCUUCGCAGCAGGGUUUGAUCUCGACGAGGAGCGAUGGAGCUUAUAUGGGAGUAGAUUCCAAGACGGUAUUGAGUCCUGGUGGAGCGGGAAGAAAUAGUGUGAGGAUUGAGAGUAAGAAAAGUUGGACUCAUGGACUUUUUGUGGCGGAUCUAAGUCAUAUGCCUGGUGGUGCUUGCGGAUCAUGGCCAGCUAUGUGGACUGUGGGGAAUAAUUGGCCUUAUAAUGGCGAAAUUGAUAUCAUCGAGGGCGUGAAUAGUCAGAAUCAUAAUGUCAUGUCUCUACACACCGGACCAACAUGCUCCAUAGCUGGCUCAGGACAAACGGGUACUCUCCAAAGCGCCAACUGCAACAAUUUCGCCGGUGCCGUCGGCGUCGGUUGCGGAAUUAGCGAUCCACGUACCAACAGCUAUGGCACCAGUUUCAACCUCAACAACGGUGGUAUCUACGCCAUGGAAUGGACAUCCUCCCACAUCCGCGUUUAUUUCUUUCCACCCGGCUCCGCACCUUCCGAUAUCAACGGACCCAAUCCCGAUCCAAGUAAAUGGGGAGCCCCCGUGUCGAACUUUGAGGGUGAUUGUGAUAUCGAUAGUCAUUUCAGAGAAAAUAGAUUGAUCUUCGAUACCACCUUUUGUGGAGAUUGGGGAAGUGCCAUUUGGUCGAGUGAUGCUACUUGUGCUCGUAAGGCGGCGACUUGUACGGAUUAUGUGGCGCGUAAUCCGGGUGCUUUUACGGAACAAUACUGGUUGGUCAAAUCAAUCAGCAUAUACCAAGUUGGAGAUAUAGCCAGGCCCGCACCACCACUCAACACACCAACCGCAGCUCCAGUACCAGUACCAGCGCCCGCCUCCAGCGCUCCCGUAGUAGCAGCACCCUCCCCAAUCUCCGCACCUCCAUCACAAGACCCUGCGGCUCCAGGCCUCAUUCCCACCUCACCAAUCAACGAUCCCAUCGCCCAAGCGCCCUCUCAAUCCAACGACAACCCUCUUGCAGGCCUGAACCCCAUCUUCGAUCAAAUUCCCAAUCUCAUCGGAGAACAAGGUACAUGCCAUCCCCCUCCUCGUCCAGAACCCACCUAUGAUCCCUCCUACCCCCACUGCGGCACCGGUGGUAAAUAUCCACUAACACCCGCCUUCACCUGUACAGGUACAGGAAACAACAUCCUCCCCUCCCCCCCAACCCUCACCCUCCCUAGCGUCAUCCCCGCCGGCCAACUGCUCGGCAUCGGCUCCGGCGGAAUCCCAAUUUGCGACGAAGAUACAUACACAAAUACGGAUCUAGAAACACAAAUAAGCGCAGCGCAAAACGAACUCGAAAUAGCAGCUCAACAAGGCAUAGGUAAAAAUAUACAAGCAGCAGCGUGGAAAAAUUCAGAAUCGAUAAUUAGUGCGCCGCUGGAGACCCCCGGGGCAACACAUGCGAUUGUGGCGAAACCGUUUUAUCCGGAUGAGGGGGGUGCAGAUGGAAAUGGGAAUGAGACGGCAGGGUCGGUGGCGAGUCCGACGCCGGGUGUGGGAACGGCGACGGGAGCGUUGGUCUUUGAGGGAGGUGCGCGGAGGUUGAUAAGUGGAAAGAAUUGGGGGUGGGGAGUGCUGGUGUUGUUUGGGGCGUGGGCUUUUAUGUAG